CAUGUCAUUCGCAACCAUCACGAAUGAAAAAAUAUCCAACUUUUGGCUGAACGCGUGAAAUUUCAAGUGUAUCUUACAAAGAUGCCGCCCAAAGGGAAGAAUCUGGAGCAGACCCCAUCCAAAAUGGGUAAAGGGUCCAAGGCCGACCUGGCUUCGCAGUCCGAGCAGAAUGUGAAGAUCAUAAAGAAUGUCAAUUCAGGCGACGCUCCUGGCAAGCCGAUAUCCCCGCGCAUGCGGCGCACUAUGGAGCGUGUAGAAAUGCUGGCGAGGCCCACCGCGCGGCGCCUGCGCUCGCUGUGGGACGAAAAGUGCGCCAUCUUGCCCAAGGAGCGCCGGGACAAGAUCAAAAGCGCUCUGGAGGAGGAGUACUUCUUGAGUCCUGAACAAACGGAACAAUAUUUCCAAGCGCUGACGGAGUCGUCGCGGCGCUGGUCGGGCCCCGGCGGCAUGGUGGUGCGCAAGGAGCACGGCGAGAAGUCCAAGGAUCUGCGCCUGAGGCAGAAGUGGCUCGUCAACUUUAGCGCUCAGGUGGCGUACCGUCUCUGCGACUACAUUGCCAAGGGCCAGAAGGAGAUGCUGGUGUCGAACAGGUUACGGAGCAUCGCCGAUGUCGUACUUGAGAGAGUCGCUGAAAUAUUGGGGGAGCCGAAGCCGUCCCGCACUCACCCUGGCCGCCUGGCCCGCUUCAUGGUGGCCAUAUCCGACCGCAUCGCCGUCUGGAUAGAGAACGCCGUGUACCGCGCCGAUGCUCUGGAACCGAGAGAGUCCGGGAUGACUGACGAGCAUAUGAGGCUCGAUGCGGAAAAACCACUCGUAUGCUAGUGCUGGAACGUCAAUUUUACAGUG